AUGUCCCUCGUCGCCCAAUUCCUCACCCAGAUCAACCAGUAUGUGCGUCUCCAACAAGGCGACAACCUCCGCGCCUGGCUGCAAGUGGAGCCCAACUCAGCAAAAUCCUACUACGACAUGGCCGCCGAGCUGCGUGCCAAGUUCAACACGGCCAGCGGCUUAGAAGCCGCCAUCGACACGCAUUUGCCCGUCGACGACGACGUGCCGGAUGGCCAGGCAGCGGCAUGGCCGAGUUUCCAGUCAUUUAUGAAGGAUUACCUCACGCUCUGGCGGGAUAUCAAUUAUGACGACUUGCUGGGAACGCACGAGUUGCUGACGGCGUUGGUGAACUCCUGCGGCACGGCCUUCACGCAUCCCACCUACGGAGCCAUGCUUCUGCAAGCAAGCAUGUCCUUCUCCGUAACCCUGGCGCGCUUCACGCUCCAGCUCAACAGACGCCCUGAUCUUACGCGGCGCAUCCGCUCUGUCGACGAAGAUAGCGGCGGUAAGUCCGUCGCCGAGUCGUCUGCGGAAAUUAUCCAAAAGAUCUUCACCACGUGUUUGACGGAUCGCUCCGUGGGAAGGGUGCCGGAGGGCAAAAAGGUUGGCGUGUACAUGUUUGCCAAUCUUGUCCUGAAGCUCUUAUUCGCAUGUCGAAGAACAAACCUCGCCAAGAUGAUAUUCGUCAACAUAUCCACCAUCUCACCCCCCUUAUCCCUCUACCCUGCCUCCCAACGCGUCACCUUUCUCUACUAUCUCGGCCGCUUCAACCUGUCCAACCAGCACUACCAACGCGCCGCCCUGUGCCUCGAGCAGGCCUACCUCCAAACGCCGACGCCGCUCGUCUCCCACCGCACCAAUAUCCUGACGUACCUCAUCCCCUGCAACAUUCUCCUCGGCCGCUUCCCCUCGAACCUGCUGAUGCAACGGCCCGAAGCGGCGACGCUCAGAUCCGUCUUCGUCCCGCUCUGUGAAGCCGUUCGCUCCGGAAACUUUAUCCAGUUCCAGCACCACCUUGCCACCCACGAGACGUGGCUCUUCGAAAAGGGCCUUUUGCUGGCUCUGACGCACCGCCUGCGCCCUUUGCUAUGGCGUUCGCUGACUCGCAAGACGUUUGUCCUGACCUAUGUGCCGCCCGCGGACGCUUCUUCCCGAAAAGCAGCCACCCUCGACAUCAGCCACUUGCACGCAGCGGCCGUCUACGUACAGCGCAGACUAGAAGGCUGGAUCCACUACCAUCCAAACGCCCGGGGCAGGCCGUCCUCGCAGGCAAAUCCGUUGUUUAUGAGGGCCGUGACGAACAACGUCCAAGAGUCGGCGGAAACGACGCUUGUUCCUCCGCCACGAGGGCCGACCAAGCUCCGCCCAAAUGAGGGUUUGAUCUGGGGCAAUGCAGAGAUUACGCUGGACGAUGUGGAGAUGGUGGUUGCCACGCUGGUGCAGCAGGGCCUGAUGCAUGGGUUUGUGGCUCACGGGCAGGCGAGGUUUGCGAUUAUAGGGGCCAAGGCCAAGGGCCCUGUUGUCGCGGGGUGGCCCGUGGUUUGGCAAGCCAUUCAGGAGAGGAGGUAUGAGGAAGAUUUUGAUAUCAAUGAGGUGCCUGGGUGGGUGAAGGGUUGA